CACUUUUGCACAGCAAAGGCAUCCCUAAAGGCUCCGCUGUGAUCAUUCACACCGCUAAAGUCCAGCAUGCUUUUGGUGGAUAUAUAAAUGCAUGCAAGAAUAAACUGAAAAACAAAUUUCAACGACUUUUCAUUGAAAUUAAACUGUUUCCAUCACCCAUUGCCUUUAUUAAUGAUUUAUUUUUAACAGUGUUUUGUCAAGAAUCGGAGGCUUUUACCGGAUGUGCAUCCCGAGUUAAAUUUGAGCAACUUUACUAAAAAGUGUAAACCGUGUGGAUAUCAGGAAGAGCUGCACAACCUUGAAUGAAGGACUGAAAUAGCUGCUAUUAGAGAUGGACUUCGCCUCGGAUUAAAAGGAGGAGUUAAAAACGAGAUCAUGGUCAACCUUCGUAUUAUUUCCCCUGAACCGCUUUGCUAUUCAUAGAUAGCUGUGAGAGAUUUCCCUGGCAAGACGUGUGGAAAAUGGCACAUGCAGGUGCCACCUUACUGUCAGUGAUUGUGCUGCUGGCUUUGCUGCCCCAAGCUCGCCCGUGUCCACGCCCGUGUGCCUGCUACCAGCCUACGGAGGUGCACUGCACCUUCCGCUCCCUGCUCACUGUCCCAGCAGGCAUUCCCAAACAAGUGGAGCGUGUAAAUCUGGGGUUUAAUGCCAUAAACAGGAUCACAACUAGUUCUUUCACAGCGUUAAGAAAGCUGCAAGUUCUUCUGAUGCAUGGAAAUGACCUACACAAUAUCCCAGAUGCGGUCUUCAGAGACCUGGUGUCAUUGGAGGUCCUGAAGAUGAGCUUCAACAAACUGAGAGUGAUCAAAAGAAGCACUUUUCUAGGGUUAUCGAGCUUGAUUCGAAUACACUUGGAUCACAACAAAAUUGAAUUCAUCCACCCUGAUGCCUUCCAAGGUCUGACGGCUCUUCGCCUGGUCAAUCUGGAAGGGAACCACCUACAGCGGCUCCACCCUGCCACCUUUGCGACAUUCUCCCUCCUAGAGCACUUCCAUAUCUCCACCUUGAAGCACCUACACCUUUCAAACAACAGCCUUGCCACUUUGCCCAGGCAGAUGCUGGAGAAGAUCCCACAGCUGGAGAGCCUGUUCCUACAUGGGAAUCCGUGGGCCUGUGACUGCAGGUUAAAAUGGUUCAUUGACUGGAGCACACUUUCUUCAGAUGUGCUGAAGUGCAGGAAAGAUAAAGCUUAUCCAAAUGGUGAGCUGUGUCCAGCGUGUUUUUCACCGAAGCAUUUGAGAAGUAAAGGUAUCAUGGAACAAGAAGAAUUCACUUGCACAGGUCCAGUCAUUAACUCACAUCGAGUCAGUACUGUUCCCCAAGAGAUGGAGAGUGAAAUUCUCUCUUUGGAGCAUUUUAAAGAAACGUUCGGAAAUGUCACACUCAAUCUGUCUGAUGAGCAUGGAAACAAAGUCGAUCUUGACUGCAUUAUUAAUGAAACUCAGGGGUCUACAAAAAUCAGUUGGAACCAUACAAACAGCCAACAGAUUACAGCAAACAUGAGCAUCUUUGUGGAUUUUGAAUGCCCAAUAGAUCGGGCAAACUAUGAGAAAUUGUGGAAGCUCAUCGCAUACUACAGUGAAGUUCCUGUACAUCUACAGAGAGAAAUCAUGCUCACCAAAGAGCCAAAUUUAAGUUAUAGAUACAGACAGGAUAUGGAAAAAGAUGCCUAUUACUACACAGGGGUGAGAGCUGCCAUUAUGGCCCAGCCCUCAUGGCUGAUGCAGUCAUCUGUCAGCCUACAGCUGAAUAGACCUCAUUCGACUGGAAAAAGUGUCAAGUUAAUCUUCGGCACUCGUUUUUCACAAGUGGUUGAUACCGAAAUGAUCAGAAGGGAAGAAAGGACAUGGGUUAUGAUAGAAUCCAAAAAUGACACCAGAACUAUGCUCAGUGCUGUUGUUGGAGGUACAAGUGAAAUGGAUUGCAAUGUACUCAGUUCUGGUCAUCCAGAUAUUACUUGGAUUCUUCCAGAUGGCUCAAAAGUGGUUGCACCUUAUACUAGUGCUAACAAUAGGGUUUCUGUCUCCAGUACAGGAAGACUGAUUAUUAAAUCAGUAGACCACUCAGAUUCUGGUGUGUACUACUGCACUGCUCAGGUGAGGGGCGACCUUGAUGUUCUUCCAUUUCGCCUUUCUGUUGAUGACUCCUCAAGGCCUUCCCCAGGAAAUGAAGAAAGCUCCAAAGUGACUAAAUUAAGUGGGGAGACUCUCUCUCUGCCCUGUAGUGCUUCUGGUACCCCCAAUGCAGAAUUAAACUGGAUCCUUCCUGACAGCAGUGUGAUUAACUUUAAGGGAAGCUCAUCCAGGGCUUCUGUUUAUGCAAAUGGAACAUUACUCAUACCACAGAGUCGUUUGACUGACAGCGGAUAUUACAAAUGUGUGGCAUUAAACUUGCAUGGCAUGGAUUCUGUGGCAACAAAUGUAACUAUUAUACGAAGACAAGGGAUGCAGCCAUUGAGGAGGAUCCCCAUGCGGCCCCAGCCUGCCUCAGGUAUAUCAACAAAAGUAAAAGCUUUGGUGGAAGAAAAUGAGGAGUUGUCUGGGGAUGGUAUUCCAGAAAGAGCAUCUUCUGUUCAUUCACAUUUGCAAAAUCAAAAGCGGAAUCAGAAGAGCAAUGUUCAAGGACAUCCAUCAAGAAAUUCUUGGAGAAGACCAAUACCACGGAGGAAACCAAAUGAGAAAGGUUCCCACAUAGACAAUGGAAAGAAUACAAUAGACCCAAGAAGAAGAAUUAAUGCAUUAAAUAAAAAAAUAGACCCACAGCAAUGGGCUAACAUUUUGGCAAAAAUCCGUGACAGAAAUAAUCCGGGGAGUGAGGAAUUCAAGUCUGUUCCUACCAGUUUACCAACAACGACAGAGAAGAUUAGCAAAGUAUCUGAACCUAAUAAUGACUCCGAAGGAUCUUCCAUUGGUUACACAAACUUACAGGAAGAAAGAGAUUUUGUCGUCUCCACAAUACAGCCUCCAACUGAAAAUGUAAAAUACAACCUAAUCACAAAAACCUCAAUAUCUGAAGACCAGAGCAGCCAUAUAUAUCAAAUAUCUGCCCCACAAACAAAUAUUAACUCAGAUGCUGUCACCACUAGUAGUUAUAUUUUACAUUCCACAUCUGAUCCACAAGUACCCAAUGAUAUUGUCACAAAAAAUUAUAAUGAAGGGAAAUACAACACAGAUGUUCUACAUGUGACAGAACCUGUCCCAACAUGGAAGAUGCAUAGUAGCACACUGGCCAGUAGUUCAUCUAUCGCAGCUCCCAAACAUUUCGUAAGAUCUGGCAGCGAUAUUGAAUCAGAUGGAAGUAAUGAACCUACUAUGACACAAAGUUCAAAAUAUGGUGAUGAACUGUAUCAUGGCCAAGAUAAACAAGUAGAGAUAUUAUCACCUAAACAUAAUUCCAAUGCCGUAACAAGUACAGACAAUAAUGUAAACACAACUCUAUUAACAUCCCUUACAACAGCUCAACCUGAUUCCAAAUUAAAGUAUAUGAUCAACAAAAACAAUAGUUCUCUUCAACUGCUAAUACAAAGUGCUGCCCCAAAUGAAAAACAUACAAGGCAGAGGUCUCAUUCCAACUUGGUCCCAUCGCGCACAAGAAACCCAUUGAAUUCAAAGAGGGUUAGUGGUCGGAAAAGACCCAACAGACUAAGAGCAAGGCCAAAUAAGUCUAACCCAUCUCCACAGCUGCCCACUGCCAGAGUAUGGUUAACCUCAGUAUCUUUUCCAACAGUUAUGGCCAUUACUCCCACUUCCAGACCAGAAACACCAGACACCAAAUCCACAUUACUAAAAGCACCAAUCAUGGUUUCCAUAACUGGCCAUCAAGUGUCACCAAAUAGAAUGACUGAACAGACAGUCUCUUUAAAUCAUCACAGAACUGACGCAGUAUCAAAAACCUCAGAACACAAUAUGUCAUCCAAAAGCCAGGACAUUAGUAAAUCAAGCACCGAGCCUCAGUAUAAUUUCAGAAGUUCCACAAUUACAGCAGUGACUCAAAAAGCUUCUGUGAGUCUGGUAAACGGACCUAAUGAACUGAGUAAAAACAAAGAGGCCUCUGAAGCAUUUCCGACCUCGUUGGCAGGUCCCACAGUCCUUACAUUGGCAGCAGGUCAGGAAGAUUUUACGAGCAAUAGUCUUUCAGCACUUAAUGCUUUUGAAGAGACUUACAGUAAAAAGCCAGCUGAAGACGCACAUUUGAUGCCAAGCCCGAGUGAUUCCACACAGACCUCCCAUGUACAAGCAGAAACUCCAGCAAAACAAGGCCUCAUCAGAACAAACAAUAAGCAUAAAUACGCAAAUUCUGAAGGAAUGACAAAUAAUAAUAAAGACACUGAAAAGAUGCCAUUCCUACCAGCUUCAGUGUCCACAUUAUUCCCUCCCACAACAGGCACUAUGGAAACGUAUGACACAGCUAUCUCUUCAGAUUCACGAAGCCUCCACAUUCCCACAAUUUCAAACAUUUUUGAAGAAAACCAAACACAGAAGGAAAUUCGGCCAAACCAACAAAACCAUGACCAAGUAUUAACAAAAAUCCAAACAAUAGCUCAGUCAAGGCUCACUGAAGGCUCUGUCUUCACUAAAAACAUGUCAGUUAUCACAAGACCAAAACCAAAAAUAAAUGGUGAGGGUCCUACACCAGCAAACCCACCAGCAAGAGAAAAGGAUAAAUUAUUGCCCAAGAAAGACACCAUACCUAGAACAACUGCUACAGCUAAUGAAUCUAACAGGGCAACAACAUUUACAUCAGUAAUCCAGGCGACUGAAUCAAGUGUCACCGAGGCAACUACCAUAUCAAAAGUGACACAUCGACAAGAAGUCAUCUUUACAGACUCUAAAUCUAAGCUUCUACCAGAUUCCCACUUUAACAGAAUGAAUAAUGGAUUACAUAAUAGCUCAGGGAAUGCUGGUGUAAAGUAUGUUUCUGACAGACACUAUGGAACUAAACUCAGCUCAAAUCCAUACCCAUAUUAUCUCUCAGGGAUGCCUGAUCUUAACAGGACACAGGGUAGGACCCAACUACUUAGUAACUCCAGAUUAAACAUUCCAAAAUCAGGAAUUGUGGCAACCUCUGCCACUGUACGAUCAACCAGAAAGACUAUUGCGACUGCUCCCACAAGUACCUCCAGGACAAUAACAUUACCAUCAAGGAUAACAGUUCCUCCGCAUGUUGGUCUGGGUGGUGACACCAAACAUACAAACACUCCAUCUUUCCCGUUUAUUGACCUCACUCAGCGUGUCUCCCAACACCCACAUCAACAACCUUCAAGACCAAUCCAACGUGGAAAGCCAAGAAUCACCACCACUAACCUCCCUAUGAUAUCUGUGAAUGCUGAGGUGGAUGCAGUUUUGCCCUGUGAAACCACUGGGGAGCCAAAACCUUUCCUCUCCUGGACUAAAGUCUCUACAGGGACCAUGCUUGCUCUGAACACCAGGAUCCAGAGGUUCGAGGUGCAUCCAAAUGGGAGCCUCAUCAUCCGAAAUACACAACUGCAGGACCGUGGUCAAUACCUAUGUACAGUGCAGAAUCAGUAUGGAGUGGAUAAGAUGAUGGUCACGCUGAUCGUUCUGGCACAGAAGCCCCAGAUGCUGCAGCCACAUGACCGUGACGUGACGGUGUACCUCGGGGACAGCAUCAAAAUACCAUGCCAGGCACACGGGUUCCCCACCCCCCACAUCUCCUGGAUCAUGCCCGACAGGACCACCCUACACACGGCUGGCGGUGCAGAUCAGAGGGGCACGCUUCUGGGCAAUGGCACGCUUCACAUUAGAUCUGCAAGCUUCACGGAUCGCGGGAUUUACAAAUGCACAGCGGGAAACAUGGCCGGCACAGAUUCUCUCUCCGUGCGGCUGCAAGUCGUCGCCCUGCCUCCCAUGAUACAGCAGCAAAGUCGUGAGAAUGUCACGCUCACUGAAGGCAGGGCAGCCUAUCUCCACUGCUCAGCAAAGGGUGCCCCCCAGCCCACCGUUCGCUGGCUCACGUUCAACGGCACACAGAUCCGCCCCUCUCAGUUUCUCAGCGGCAACCUAUUUGUGUUCCCGAACGGCACGCUGUACAUCCAGAAUCUCUCACCCAGGCACACCGGCAGCUACGAGUGCAUGGCCAGCAAUGUCGUGGGCGUGUCUAGGAGGAACGUGGGCCUGACAGUGACCAGGGUCUCCUCCACAGCCAAAAUCACCUCUGCGUCUCCGCUGAACAAUGACGUCACGUACGGAGGGAAGCUACGCCUCGACUGUACUGCUGCUGGAGAUCCAGGACCUAAGAUCAUAUGGAGAACCCCAUCCAAGAAGCUAGUUGAUGAACAUUAUAGUUUUGAUCCUAGGAUCAAAGUCUUCAAUAACGGGACGCUGACAGUCGAGGCAGUAACCGAAAAGGAUGAGGGCGACUACUUGUGUGUUGCCAGAAAUAAAAUGGGACAUGAUUAUGUGCUUCUCAAGGUUAGUGUAAUGAUGAAACCGGCUAAGAUUGAGUACAAACAGCUGACCAAUCAGAAGGUGUCAUAUGGCGGAGCCUUAAAGGUUGACUGCAUCACAUCCGGCCUUCCCAACCCGGAGAUCAAGUGGAGUCUGCCAGAUGGUACCAUGGUAAACAGCAUCAUGCAGUCUGAUGACAGUGGAAUUCGCACCAGUAAGUAUGUGGUCUUUGACAAUGGGACCCUCUACUUUAACGAUGCCGGAAUGAAGGAGGAGGGAGAUUAUACAUGUUACGCUGAGAAUCAGAUUGGGAAGGAUGAGAUGAAAGUCCACAUUAAAGUGGUGACAGCAGCUCCCGUCAUCAAAAACAAAACCUACAACACCAUAAGAGUUCCGUAUGGCGAGUCAGUGUCUCUAAGCUGCAGUGCUAAAGGGGAACCAACUCCAACUGUUAUGUGGUUUUCUCCCACAAACCGUGUUAUCACCCGUGUAUCCGAAAAGUAUGAGGUACAUAAUGACGGGACAUUGGUGAUCCAGAAAGCCCAGAGGUCUGACAAUGGCAACUAUACCUGUACGGCACGCAACACUGCAGGGCAGGAUCGAAAGGUCAGCAGAGUAGAAGUGCAAGUCUCUCCACCUACUAUUAAUGGCAUGAAGAAUGGGGUGAACAUAGUCCGCCAGACGGCCUUUAAGGAUCAGUCUACACUGUUGCACUGCAAUGCAGAUGGGAUGCCCAUGCCGAGGGUUUUGUGGAUUUUGCCGGAGAAUGUUGUCCUCCCCUCUCCAUACUCCGGGAGCAGAAUAACAGUCCAUCGUAAUGGAACUCUGGAGAUCCGUUUCCUCAGGAAAACAGACUCGGUUGAGCUGAUCUGUAUCGCCCGUAAUGAGGGAGGGGAGGCAAGGUUAGUGGUCCAUCUGGAUGUGAGAGAGGUUGUAGAGCUGCAGAAACCACAGCUCAAGAAUCCUAGAGCUGAGACCAUGUUGCUCAUUAUUGGGAAAGCCAUGAGUCUGAACUGCACUUUUGAGGGUACUCCAACUCCAGAGAUUACCUGGAUUCUCCCCAACGGUUCUCCACUUCAGCGUGGGACCCAGUUCUCCAGGUUGUUCCAUUCAACAGAUGGAUCUCUGCACAUCCAGAAUCCCACAGUGUCGGAGGCUGGGACGUAUCGUUGUGUGGGUCGAAAUCCAGCAGGAUACAGUGAACGAACCAUCACCCUGGAACUUGUGAGAAAUCCAGAAAUCAGCAACAAGUACAACACCAUAGUGAACACUGUCUAUGGUGAGAACAUACUGCUUCAUUGCCUUUCCAAUGGUAACCCACCUCCUAAGCUGUCCUGGACCCUACCUAGUGGUGUGGUUUUAACCAGGCCACAGAGGAUGGGCCGUUACAUGGUUAUGCAGAACGGAACCCUUAUGGUACAGCAGGCCACUGUGUACGACAGGGGAACUUACACCUGUAGGUCAAGCAACGAGUAUGGUGCUUCAUUGUUGUCAGUACCCGUGAUGGUGGUCUCCUACCCACCCCGCAUCACCAGCGGGCCCAGCCCGGUUACCUAUGCCCGGUUUGGUGUCGCAAUUCAACUGAACUGCAUGACCAUGGGAAUCCCAAAGGCGGACGUGAUCUGGGAGCUGCCCAAUAAGACGCAGAUAAUGGCCAGCAGCCAUCCACGUCUUUUUGGGAACAAGUACCUGCACCCCCAGGGGUCGCUGAUCAUUCAAAACCCAUCAAGGAGCGACAUGGGCUCCUACAAAUGUACCGCUAAAAAUGUAGUGGGAAGUGACUCGAAAACAACCUACUUGCAGGUGUUCUGAUUAACAGACCUAUUCAGGUGCCCAAGAAACUGCAGGCGUGCAGGUCGUCUUGAAGACAAACAUGGAAUUAUAGUACAUUAUGAACUAACCCAAAAGCUGAAUCCAGUGAAAGCAAUUAGUUUUUUUUUUUUUCUUGGAAGACAAUAUGAUGGCGCAUGAAAAAAAUUGGCUGUUUAUCUGGAGUAUUUCAGGGAUUAAAAUAAAAACUGCUGUUGAGGUGUCCAUCACCAGCCCUAAAACAUAACUCAGUGUCAAUUACGAAAACUUUAUUAUGGCAUUUAAUUAAAUUAAACUUUCUAUGAAUUUUUGUGAAUAAUAUUAAAUAUUUUAGAAAUCUCUUCCAACAGUGGACUUACGGGCUAAUAUGUAUUGGCAUUUUGUAUUUAUGUAUUCAGAUUUUUCUUUUUUUGAUUGAUUGCCUUAUUUUUGGUUGUUUUAUUAUUUUUCGGAGAAAAAUCAGCCCCAUCAUUUGCUUAUAUUUGUAUGCUCCAUCUAGGACAGUUCAAAAAGAGUAGUUUUAAAUGUAGAAAUGAUCAGCGUGCCCCGUUUUACAGUUAUACCUGUUCAUUCAUUUUGAAUCCAGUUUAGCAAACUGUUUAUAAUUCAUAGGACAUGUAACAAAGUCUGUUCUGUUUUCCCCACUUUCACUUUCACAAUUAAUGAACAGCCAUAAAACAGAAGAUGUCCUUAUAAACACAAAGUAAUAAAGUACAGAGCUGAGCAGUCCCUUAUUAAUGUUAACUGACAAUGAAAAACAGUUCUUGUUUUACAGAAUCGAGUAGUAAUGACAUUGUACAGUAAUUUAUGUAUGACUUUAUGGUGGUCUUAGCACAUAAAACAACAACUUAAUAUUCCUAUCUUCAACAUACUGUACUGUUUCUGUUUUUAAAUUAUUUGUCUUUGGAAGACAUUUGCAUUUAAAUAUGUUUAAGGUAAGUCAAGAUCAUCUUGAAGUCCACUGUAAAGUAACUGUCAUGUUUUGUAUAUUUUAAUUGUUUUUAAUAAAGCAUAAAAUUGUA